CGAACUAUGUGUCGUGUCUUGAACAUCCUGUUGGCUUUGCUGAGUCGCUUCCUGUUCGCGGUCCACGGGGUGGUGACAGUGUGGCGCGUGGUGGCCAUUAAAGGGGAGCCGCUCUAUUGGCUGCUGCUGACGGGUGUGGCUCUGCUGGGCGUGGAAAUGGCCGUCACACUGAAGUGCACCCGUAACGCCGAGUGGAAAUGGUUCUCCCCCAUGGUUUUCCUCUACCUCAGUACUGUCAUUCCAUCCAUUUGGUUUCUGGAGCUGAGCCUGCUGCAGUCCAAGCUGCCCGUCAACAGUUCCUCCGGCCCCGAGCUUCGUUUGCUGGCUCACAUCCCGAUCACAGCGGGCAUUGUGGAGCUGGAUCCAGAGAACUGGGUGGCUGGCCUGGAGCAAACCAUGCUCAUAGUGUUGGUUCUGGGGCGCUGGCUGAUGCCCAAGGGGGACAUGUCCCGGGACCAGCUGUCCCAGCUCCUCAUGGUCUACGUGGGACUGGGUGCCGACAUCCUGGACAUCUUCGACACCUUCAGGGAACCCGAAGUCAAAACCAACCGGGCAGUCGUCAUCGUGGGCCUGGCCCUCUUCUCCUGGGCGCUCAUGCAGUUUCCUCUGGUGCUCACUCAGACUCGACCCUCAAAGGGCGAGUCGGGCGGUCUCCUCUGCUGCCCUGGUGCCCCGCCCUCGUUUGCCUCCUGCUGCUCCAGCGAAGUGUGGAGCUUGCUGCUCACAGUGGGACUCCAAGACGGCCCGUUCCUGCUCUACCGGCUCUACCUCAUGGUUCAGGAGCAGGUGCUGAACCAGCUCAUGAUCUUCUUCACCUGCAAGAACAUCCUCAUUGUCCUGCUGGAGCUCUACCGGAUCUUUGUGGUUCAGUGCGAGCAGCGGGUGGGGGACUGGGGUUUGGAGAGGUGCGCCGCUCUGGUGCUCUGGUGUCGAGCCCAGGGGGGCGGGGAGGUGGAGGAGGAGAAACAGGAGGACACAGGGAGAGAGGAGCGGUGUGGGGAGCAGAGCUGUCAUUCAGACACAGAGACCGGGACUGAGAGGGAGGAAGAUCACAGAGGUGUCCAGGUACAGAAAAGCUCAAAAUGCCGUGAGGCAUGA